CAUUCCCUGUUUCGUUCGAGGUGUUUUCAAAUUCGAAUACCUUUCGUUCGGACUGUUUUGUUUUCGAACAUCUUUCAUUCGAAUCAAACCAAACGUCAAACCCACUUUGUUUAUGAAGGAGUGAAUAAUUUCCGCAGCGGAUGAGCGGUGAACUGCAAAAAUGGAAAAAAACAAAAACAAAACAACCACUAAAAAUCAGUUCGAGCGGAUUGUGCUGCUUCUGGAGCAAGAGCCGGACAUAGCAAAGGGUUUCUCCCGAGGAAAUUCCGGACCCUACUGGGAUGAUCUGGCGGCAGAAGUCAAUAGUUUGGGACCGCCUAUUCGCGAUGGAAGUGGAUGGAAAAAGGUUUGGGCGGACUAUAAGUCCGGAUUAAAGCGAAAACUCGCUCACAACAAACGGGAGCAGAGGGCGACAGGUGGAGGACCCAAUAAAAUUAUCAAUUUGUCCGAGCUGGAGGAGCAGGCAGUUCUACUAACUGGGUUACUUGCGACCGUGGAAGGAAUCCCGGGUACCUCAUCUCAUGGAACACAGUUGGGUUCGCCUUCGGGUGAACCUCAAGCUGCAGACCAGGAAAAUUUUAUAUAUUAUGGUACUUCCGACGAGUGUGACGGUAUCAAUAAUACCAUUCACUUCCAGCCCUCUCAGCCGAAAAAAUCCAGACCUUCUACCACGAGGCUAUUAGAGCUGCAAGUCGAGCAACAAAACAAAUUUCACACCAAUGUGAAAUCCCUGUUAAAAAACACAAACAAGAAUUUGAGUGAUCUGGUUCAUUAUCAGCGCCAAUCAGCUCGAGCGAUUCUUUCCGUGGAUGCCACACUCAAAGAACAUCUGAGUGAACAAAAACGACAUAACCACGAGAUGGAGAAGAUCGCGCUGGAGAAAUCAAUAGCGACAAAUCCUUGAAACGCAGAUUGCGUAUAUUUCAGAACAUUAGAAUAAUGUUUCAAAAUAUCAGUGAUCUGAUUUUUUAUCUUUAUAUUGUAACUCAAGUAUAAAAAAAUGAAAAAAAGUUCUAAUCGUAUUUUUAUAUCUUUCCAUGGAAGAAAAAUCUUACUUAAUUUUUUCUUUGAAGUUUGUUUGGAAUAGCAUCAAAAUUAUAUAAACUUUUUUAAAAUUCACGAAUUUCGCCUAUAGUUUAUGGAACUUCCUUAACCCCUUCACGUACAACAUUGAACUUCACUCGUUGUUUCUCGAUGUGAAAUAAUUACAUAGCUUCAGGCAUAUGAUGAGGAUACCGACAACUGAAGAUUAUAAAAUUUCCGUUAUUUAAAAAAAAAUUGAAUGAGCUAAAAAUAUAAAAUAUAAUUUGAAUAUUAUAAUUAAAAUAAAAACGAACGAGUUAGUACGUAGUAAUAACUCCUUCGUUUUUAUUUUAAACACAACAUGUAUUUGCUCAUCAUAGGGCACCCAUGUUAGAUACCCACACUCAGCAGAGUAGCGGAACGACUCGAAGUGCUCGUUUUGGGCCGUGCUGUUGGAAAUUAAAUCGUACAGCAAGGGGUUAAAACAACGCAAAAAGUAUUAAUAAUGGUUAUUUGAAUACUUGGCCUGCUUACGAGAAAUCGAUAAUGACAUGUUCUCAAAGUGUUG